UUAUAUUUUAAAUGCGAGGGAUUGUUAGUUUGCCUCAGCUCUCUUGAAAUGCAUAAAACUGGACAAAUACAUGAGGAUUUGUGUUCGGACUUCAGACAGAUGCGAGAGCGCGUGCACGGGAGAGGGGUGCAGUGAGACAGAUGUGGAUGAGAGAACUUACAAAAUAACAGUUCUCCGGUCACAUAAAAGUCAUGUGGGAACUGCUUGGCAUCGAAUUUCUAAAUUUUUCGCUGACGAAAGCAGAGUCAUGGAGAGCCACUUCGGUUUCAGUGUUUUGGAGGGGGUCUGAAACGACGGGAGGGGGUGUGUCGCCCAGAUUUACUUCCCCUGGUCUGCAUUUCCCCCAGACAUACGUUCGUCUCCCACAAAAAAAACAGAAUUUUAUUAAAUAUGUAAAAUUCCGCGUUAACACUAGAUUCCGUGUUAAUUUUACAAUUCCGCGAUUCCGUCCGCGAUUCCGUGAUCACGGAAAUUAUAGGGCCCUAUCUUUCUUUGUGUAAAUAAAAGUGCAUUUCAUUGUUUUAUGUUUCUUUCAGAUGUGAAGAAUAAAUUAUGUUUGGAUAAAGAAAUAACGUCCUCGACUCUUUCCUGCAUCACCGGUGGAGAGACAUUGAGCUCACAGAGACAUUUACAGAGAAAACACACAGAACAGAAACUCUGCACCAGAUCUAAGAUCAGCUUUUCUGCCUUACAAGAGAAGAAACUUCAUUCAGAAGAGCACAGAGAGAAGAAGAAGAAGAAGAAGAAGUUUCACUGUGAGUGUGGGGAGGAUUUUGGCUCCUUAUCUCAUCUGAGAUUUCACAUGAGGGGACACAAUGCUAAAAAACCUUUCUACUGCACUGAAUGUGGCCAUUACUUCAGAACCAAAAACAGUCUUGAUUCUCAUAAGAGAAUUCACACAGGAGAAAAACCAUACAAGUGUCCUCACUGUGAGAAGAGAUUCAGCCAAAUAACUAAUUUGAGGACACAUGUGUUUACACACACCAAUGACAGUCCAUAUCAGUGCAGUGAAUGUGGAAAAACCUUUAGGGAUUCAAGUCAAUUAAAAUCACACCAAACACUACACACUAAAGAGAAACCCUUUCAAUGUUUACACUGUGAUAAACGUUUCAAUCGUAAAACUACUCUUACAGCCCAUCAGAGACUUCACACUGGAGAGAAACCUCAUUACUGUCAUGUCUGUGGGAAGAGUUUCAGUCACCGUGGAAAUUUACUGUCACACCAGAGAAUUCAUACUGGAGAGAAACCUUACGAAUGUGCUCAGUGUGAGAAGACGUUUGCUUAUUCAUCUCACUUUAAAGCCCAUCAAAAACUUCAUACUGAAGAUAACCCUUAUCACUGUGAUGUUUGUGGAAAGAGUUUCAGUCGACAUGACAAUUUAGUGAGACACCAGAUAAUUCAUACAGGUGAAAAACCUUACAAAUGCUCUCAGUGUGAGAAGACGUUUGCUCAAUCAGGUAACUUAAAAGCCCAUAAGAGACUUCAUACAGGAGAGAAACCUUACGUCUGCUUGAUCUGUGAGAAGAAAUUCACUCAUGCCAAAAGUCUUCAAAAUCAUCAGAAGGAACAUACUGAUGAACAAAUACACUGAAAUCAUCAUAGCAUCUAAAAGUCCAGACUGACUGUGUAUAGGUCC